AUGCAUUGGAAAUUUCAUCUCAACAUACUGUUGUAUGUUAGCGGUUCAUGUCUUUUUAUUAUUGGUUCAGUUCUAUUUCAUCCGCAUUUUUCUGCAGUUAGUUCUUUGUACCAAACAGGUGUUCUAACAUUUACUAUUGGUUCUUGUUUAUUUGCUUUGGCUUCACUACAACAAUUACACAACAACUUUCAAUCUGUGUAUUCAUCUGAAAAUAUAUUGUCGGAUGACAAUCAGUCGUUGAAUAUGGAUUUAGCAGUAUCGUUUUGUCGGAAUACCAUUGGAAGUGUUUCUGGAUUUCUGUUUAUCGUCGGUUCAAUAGCAUUCUGGCCUAGUUUCAGUCAUGGCGGAGCACUUGUAGGCAAUUGGUUGUAUCGUUGCGGUGCAAGUUUAAGUCUCCUUAACUCUCUAUGGGCACUGAUCCGAGAACAAAUGAAAUUAUCAAAAUAUACACUCUUAAAACUAAUGAUACUACUAUCUUUGUUCGGAGCGAUUGGCUUCCUCGUCGGCGGCGGAUAUUUUCUUUACGGUGGAAAAUACGAUAGUGAAGGAAGUUAUUCUUGGUUAGCAGGAUCCAUAUCUUAUCUUUUAUCGUCACUGAUCAUUUAUAAACUCUAA